CACCACCCCACAAGCAACAACCGCCUUGCCCACCACCACUACUCUGUCUACCCAGACACCUACCACCAUAAUAAUAACAACAGAGCCCACAACUGCACCAACCACUACGUUGACAACCACAGUACUUAUGACAACUGCUCCCACCACUAUGUUCACAACAACAGCGCCAACCACUGUAGCUAUGACAACUGCACCCACAGCCAUGCUGACAACCACAAUGCCAACCACAGUAGCUAUGACAACUGCGCCCACCACAAUGCUGAUAACCACAGUAGCUAUGACAACUGCGCCCACCACAAUGCUGAUAACCACAUUAGCUAUCGGCUGACGCGCCUGGAGGACGGCGCGUUCAGCAACCUGACGCGCCUGCGGCUCCUGGUUCUGAGCCGUAACCGGAUCGGCUCGGUCCCCGCCGGGGCCUUCGGCGGCCUGGCCGAGCUGGGAGAGGUGUCCCUGCACACCAACCUGCUCUCGGGCCUGGAGGAGGGGACCUUCAGCGGGCUGCCCAAGCUGGAGAACAUCUCCCUGGAGCACAAUCUCAUCCAGUCCCUCCCUGGGAAGCUCUUCCACGGCUUGCCUCCCCUCUGGGAAGUGGACCUCCACAACAACUCCCUGCGGAGCCUGUCGCAGGAGGUGCUGGACUCCCUGGACGCGGUGAAGGAGGUGAAGCUCGCCCAGAACCCCUGGAGGUGCGACCGGGACAUCCUGCCCCUGCGAGACUGGGUGAGGAGGCACCCCUCCAAAGUGCAGAAUGCCAGCCUGCUGACGUGCCUCUCUCCCAAUUCACUGGCCCACGCCAAAAUUACUGACCUGACCAACGAGGAAGCAGAAGCCUGGAGGCCGUCCACCUCGACCGCCACCACUCCCUCAGGCGACUUGGCCACACCCACGGAGAUGCGAAGGAGGCCUCACACCCCGCCCCCCAAAAAGAGCACCCCUUCUGCCCCUGCCGCCACCACUCCUCCCGGCGACGGGGAGGGCCUUUCCCGGGACGCUAAAAUCAUCAUCAUCACCUUGGUCUGCAUCGCCAUCAUCGCCACCGUCAUCAUCUGCUGGAUUUGCUACAGGAGGAAGAAGCGGGCCAGCCGCACCUUGUACCACCAGGCCAGAAAGAACACCGUCAUUUAGUGGUGGGGUGGGGGGGGGGGGGGUCUUUUCUAUAGGCCGCCCCUCAUGGGGCCCCUAUUUCAGGCCACCCUUGGAACACUCUGAGAGCUGGACACGGGAGUGCAACACGGAACCGUUUUGGAACCAUUCAGCUUUCCAGGAAGCGGCCGUCCGCUAAGCUUCGGCGUUCCGGUCACAAAAUCGGUCUGUUUAUUCACGCGAGCGCGCUGCAUACUUGCGGUGGUCUGAGAACGUAAUGCUCCACUGCACUGGAAUGUCACGAACAUCGCAUUUUCCCAUGUUGCCGUUUUGCUCGCUUGAAGUUGAAUGGGAUGCUUGCUAACCUUGUGCACAUUUUGUAGUCUUACUUGGAUCUGAGCUUCGCAUGAAAAUGGAACCUUCUUAGGCACUGUAAACAGCAGAUAAGGCAGGAAACCAGAAACCCCUCUAUCUCAGUGAGCCUGUGAUACUUUUCAUUUUUUUCCCUGAUGUCUGAAUUCCAUUUAUAUUUAAAUAGCCUGACAUUGAUACCAAUACAAUAUAACAUGCUGCAUCAUUAUUGACAGACAUUAUUAUAGAAGAAAGGCUAAAAUUUCAGUAUUACCCUUUAAUGAUUUCUGAAGUAAUGCAACAUUCUUUUUUAAUGCCCGAAUAGAUUAUGAAUCACAAAUAACAACAAUCUGUAACAAUCUGAAUUGUAAAUAAUUAAAUUGUUUAUUUUCAGGAAUAUGGGUUAUAUAAUGACUUACUCAAAGAAAAUGUCAAUAAACUUCAUUGAACAAGAA